AUGCGGAAAGCUCGCGGAAAGAGUGCCGCGAUCCCUACCUCCUCGGGAGACUUCGCGAACUCUUUGCUGAGGCUCUGCCCCGCCCUGGAGGCGCGCAUCUCGGACCUCCGUCGGGACAACACAGCCGCUGCUCGCUUCCUCAGCAAGGCACAGGCCACCGCUUCGGAGAAGGCCAGGAGGCCCGUGGGAGCGCUGGUGUCUCGCAACCGCGCCGUGUGCGCGUUAGAGGGGGCGGAGCUGUCCUUGCUGCGGCGAGAAGAAACGGCCACCCGGGCGCAACGAAAGCGGGAGGCCAACAGGGAGCGAAGGAGGCGCUUGGAGCGGCGGAGGCUGGCGACGGCGGAAGCCACACGGAUCAAGCACGAGGGGCCGAGCUUGUGUGAAGUGCGUGCUCUGGAGGAGGCCGCCCUCCUCGAGAAACGGCAGCGAUUUUUCAUGUUCGCCGUCGUCGCGAUCCACUCCGCCAUCCGAUGGCGCAACGACUGGAAGGAGCGAAAGUGGAAGAUGGCCAAGUUCGCGGAGGCGUUGGCUGGCCUCGCCGAACAAAGGCAAUCGGAGGAUGUGUUCGAGGCUAGCGUUGCCCGGGUGCAGCGCUUCGUCCGCCGCCGUCAAGGGGCCCCCGGCGUGGCGGGGGGAGCGGCCGCCGCCGCCGGCGACAGAUCGGGGAGGCGAAACUUCAUCCGCUGCCUCAAGGCGUGGAUCCCGAGGGCGCACGGAACGUGGAAGCGUCGGAGGCGCGAGGGGGGCGUGAUCAUCUACGACUUCCUGAAGGACGCCAGGCUCAGCCAGAACAUCAAGGCCAUCUACCGCUUUCGGAGGAAGGUUAUGCGGUGCCAGGUGUACGUGAGGGGGGUGAGCGUCGUCACGCGGGACCGACUGCUGCUCCUCGGCCUCUUCUUCAGCCGGUGCGAGGGCCGGCUGCGGGGCAGGCUGGCGGAACGCGUGCGGCAGCAGGUGCAAGAGGAGGCCGCCGCCGACCUGGAGAUCCACCGGCAACUCAUGCGCCCCUCGACCAGCGCCGCCGCGGCCGCCGCUGCUGCUGCCAGCAGCGCCAUUCCCGCCGCCGCCGCCGGGGGCAACCGGUGGAGGCGGCGAACGAACAAGAACGGGGGUGAUGCCGGUGACGACGACGACGGCGUGAGCGAGCUGAUGGAGACGGUGGCGGCGCUGCGGCUCAAGUCGGCCCAGGAGGAGCUGGAGAUGCGCACCGCGCGUCCGGACGUCAAGCACCGGUUGCUCGAGGGCCUUCUCGGGAAGGUCCGAGCGGCUCAUCAGUCCAGAAUGCAGCUGUCAUCGGGCGGCCGAGGAGAAGACGGUGGUGGCGGCGUUGGUGACGCCAGGAAAGGAAGGGGUCCGGGGAGAAACCGCCGCGGGGUUUCCCUCCCGGAGGCGCUUUUCACCGUAGACGACGCCCGAGAGUUGCUCACGCAGCGUUCGCCCCCGCCGUCGGAGGGAUCCGCUAGUGCCUGCGACAUCACCGUCGGGUUGACGAAGGGGAACCGGGCAAGCCCCAACGGUAGCGGCGAGUUGCCGGGUGCUCCGUACUCGACGGUGGCCGUCUCGAGGCCGGGCACGGGCGGCGGCGGCGGAGGUAGCAAGAGCGACUUCCGGCCGAACACGCGAGUCCCGCCGAUGCUGCUGUUGAAGAGCGUCCCUGAGGCGGUCAUGUGCCAGCUCGUCUUGACCGCGUGGGAGCAGAGCUCCUCCUCUGGACGGCAAUGA